UGCAAGACACUAGAAGAUUAUGGUUGCCACACAUUGGUCAUCGGCUUUAGAAAGGGCAAAGCAUUUGUUGCUGAAUCGGAUUCGAUCAGAAAUAGAGCAAGUGAAGAACUUUUACAGCAUAUACAUUUUUCAUUAUUCACUAACGGUAAUGACACGAUGCGCUAUAAAUGGAUGAAUGACAAAAAUAAGCAGCUGCCUUUUUUAUUCAAUCGAUUGCUUGUUUCUAACCUUUUGGAUAAAAUUCUUUUAAUUUUAGGGACACAAGUAAAUACGAGACAAUCCGAGGAAGAGAAGCUAAGGAGAGACGUACAAGAUUUAUUUAAUGAUAAAUACCGUAAGAAUUGUUUCAUGACAUUGUGUUUUUUUGUAGUUUCAGAAAUUUUGUACAUUUUCACAGAACGCAAACUAUGUGGAAGGGAGUUCCGGUUUAGGUGUAGACAAGGAAAACGCUAUAUCACCCAAGAAAUUACACAGCGGUAAAGAUAAAAUUCACUAUUUCACAUCAUCGAUUUUUACAUGUUUAGGGUCAUCAAUAGUAAAAAGAAAAUAGAUCUUUAACUAUCCAUGGUCACGACUGAUCUGUUGACCAAAUUGGAACCGAGAAUUGAAGUGAAUUUAUUUUCUUUGUAAUAAAUGCUUGUAUAUUCUAUUUAUAGGUGAAGCUACUGGAAAAGAUACACCCUUUCCGUAUAAACGCAGGAAUGAAUUUCUAGUUGAUGGACUGCCCGAAAUUCCAUUUCGAAAACCAAGUGGCUAUGGUGUUGGCCAAUUAAGGAAAAUAAUUCAAUCUCGCGACAACAUAAAAAUUCGAGUUAAAGAGGCAGAACCAACAGGUGUUAAUCUUGCCGAAACCUCUCAGGGGUUAAAUUCUUGUCCACCAAGGCCUCCUUCUUCUCUUGAUCCAUUAACAUUAUCUUCUUCUGAUGUACCACCUUCCUCGUCUUCUCUUUUAACAUGCAGUCUUGUACCUGCUGUAAGUUCAGUUCCUUCUUUAACUUCCUCUAACGUGACUUAUUCAACGUUUUCGUCGAAUACUCCUUCAAGUUCUUGCGGCUCCUCUUCUUUUAAUUACAUUUCGCCUAGCUCCUCUGCAACGUCUACGACAACUUUUCAUUUGUCUUCUCAUUCUACAUCUUUUCCUUCUUCCUCUUCUUUGUGUACGUGUUCUCCGUUGUUAGAAUCUUCUUCCACUAUAUCUUCUUUGGCAUAUAUGUCUUCUACUUCCUCGUCAUCUUCGCCUCUAACGAAUCCCAUGUUUUUAUCUGAGCCAGUCCCAUCGGUGCAGCAAUCUAUUCCAAAUCAAUUAUCUUCCAUGCAUCCUGUUUCGUCUACUGCUGUAGCUCCUGCUGUAGCUUCAGGUUUGAGUGAAGGUGCUAAGAGAAGGCGACUUAGAAGACCUGGUCAAAAGCCACGAGAGUUACCUGGUAUGUGCGUGUUUUUAAUUACUGUACCUUUACCGUUACUGUAUUCUUCGAUUCAGCUUCACCCAUCUUCCAGAUAUCUUUUCUAAGAAACGUGGCCAUUUAGUUAGCCCCCAUAAGCCCUUAUUUAUCCCUACCUUCUUAAUAUGCCCCAGUCAAGAAUCACUGAAAGAAAAUAAGCCGGCCGGAGGCUAAAUAGGAAAUGCGGUAUUUUAUAAUUUAUUUUUGAACGAAUUUCUCAUUGUUUUCUGAAUAUAAGUUUGUAGAAUGUGCCUGGUAAGGAAACAUGUUACAAAAAAUCUUAUUGGUGUGCUUUUAAUUUCUUAUGCGGUUAUGAUUAGUUUACCCGUUCUGGAGUAAAGUUAAAGUCAGGAAUCAAGAACAACUUAUAAUAGCGGAGGGAAUGAUUGUUCCAGGAUUUCAGACUGAAAAUGCUGUUGUAAGCACCGACUUCCGGCGCAAGAUUUAUGUAAUGAAAGUUUUAGGUAAGCUAGGAUAAUAUAUGAUACCUUACAACGUUAUCGCGGCCGCGAAUACCGCCUUUUACGCAGCGUCCUAUAGUUGUGAAUUACUGUCCUGUCUGUAAAAAUUCGUACAGAGUGUAAAUAUAAUAGCUAUAAUUUAAUUAGACUACUGUUUAGCAUUGAUAAAGCAACGCCAUUAGGUGUAUGCAGGGACAGCUUGGAACACGUUGCAUGUUUAGGAUGUUAAAUACUGUAUCAGUGCUGCACAAUAUUGGUAUAUUUACAUGUAUAAAACUUUUUUGUAACUUUGUCAUUUUCCAAACCUUCUUUGCAAUUUUCAGAUCUCUUUAAUUUUAAAGUAGUUGACUUGAAAAUUGGAAAGAACUGCAAUAUGUGGACGGUCCAUAUCUAGUUUAAAUUAACUUUGGAAAGAGUAAAGGUGGUUUGGAACGCAUUGAUCAUGCAUGUAUUGUAAUUUUGUGUCGUCGCUUCGUUAAAGUUUGUAACUCUGUCUGUAUCGUUUUGCAAUGUUAAUACAGGGCCGUAGCAACCGGCAGCCCUCCCCCAAAUAAUUUGUUAAUGAUCAUUCUUUUUUCAAAAUCAUGCAGGCCUUUAUCAUUUAAAUAAUAUACCUUUAAAAUACUGACAAUUGAUUAAUUUUAAGCGGCUAUAUUAUCCAUGACAAACUGCAAAGAAUGAAGAUAUUAUCUUGCAUACUUUCCUGCAACUUAUCCAAUAUAUAGUUAAUUAAAUACGCCUUCGCCCAUUUCGUACUACUAAAUUUUAAACAAAUUGUAAAUUUUGACAUACUAAAACGCUAAAUUAUAAAUUUCGGCAUACUUAAACGCUCUUUUCUGACCAACAGAAUUCUGUCAAAUCUUCCCCAAAGUCCAGGAAAUGGCAUUCAGAGACUCUAAAUUUACAAAACAAGAUUCCUACGGCACUGCAAUUAAUGUGUAGAUAGGACUUAAUCUGUGACUCUUCAGUCCUGCAUGUUGCCUGUACCUUCAAUCGUUUUGUUGAUUGUAAAGAUAAUAAAGAAAGGGGAAAAAAGAAAGGUGUUUUAUAUUUAAAGAAAGAUUUCCGCUUCAUAUCGUUUACGUAUUAUUAAAAAUUAGUAUAAAUUUUGCAUACCAAAUGAGCUUUCGCGCGUUCUUAUUGGCUAGUUGACUAGUAAAUCUGAGGCAUUAUUUACUAGCAGACUAGUAAAUAAUGCUUUUCAAAAAGAACGAUCCGGCAAAUUUGGUUUGAAAAUCGACAAAAUAUUGAAAAAAUCGUCCCAGAAAACGAAAAAAGCACAACAUGUUGUAUUUAGCUUGAAAGGUAGGAUUUCUUUAUUAUUUUACUGUGUCAAACAUAUUCACGGACAAUUUAAAACUUAUUUAAAACAUUCGCUUCAAACAAUUUGCAAAACCGGCUACCCGACUGUUGGGAAAAGCUGUGAUAUUCUUUCUAAAACAAUUUUGUUUUGUAUCCUAUCAAUUUCCCUAUUUGUACGAUAAUAUUUCUUUAGAUAUGUCAUGUUUUCAUUGUGCUGUAAGGUGUUCUGACCGCUGUAUUGUGUUUUCGAAACUUGUAAAGUAAAAAGUGUUAUUAAAACUUUUUUUCGAACGAUAUAGUUUUACAUUUCAUUUUACCAAAUUCCUCAGCCAUUUCCUGAAGAAAUUAAUGCUAAACAGAAGCUAUUUUUAGAAAGAGUCAUUCCGUUAUUGUGUUUAUAUUCCAAGCAGAAAUCGAGAAAAACAACUUUGUAAUAAAGCAAUAAAGUCACACAAGAAGCCAUUUUGAAAGCGUGUGCGUACAAGAAACACUGCAACACUGUUAGUGAACAGGCCGAAAACAGUUUUAUUUCUGAAAUUUAAUUGAACUGAUAUUUGGAUAUUUUGUUUUAUUCAUUAAAAAUUUAUACUAAAACAAUUAUUCGCCUCAGGCUCAGUGAUUACGGUGAAUAUUCACCUCGACUUCGUCUCGGUGAAUAUUCACCGGUAAUCACUUCGCCUUCGGCGAAUAAUUGUUAAUUAUAUAUAUAAUGCUGCUUAUAAACAACAAUUCGGGGAUGUAUAAACAUGUCUGUCUAGGGUGUUCCGGUUUUCGCGUGACAUUAUAAAGUCAUAUAUUCCUAUUCGAAUUUAACAUAUUUAUUUUAGAUGACGUUGAAGGCAGUAGCUUGGAAGAAGGCACUUACAUCAUUCGACCCUUUAACCUAUUACUACCUGAGGUUGGAAUCACACCGGGCGUGGGUGGCUUGGUAGACUUGCAUAUUCAAAGAAAUGGAAGAAAACUUAAAUUGGAUGAGGACCAGGAAGAGUUGUGCGAUGCAAAUUCCUGCCAAGCUCCCCAGGGUCACAACUCUCAAGCACCAAAUGCAGAGCUACGACGGGUUCAAUGUGAUUCCCCAAAGUGUAGGAAAUGGUUUCAUCUACAGUGUGUUGGUGUCGAUGAUGCUGUAGAGCUGCCAAGGAAAUGGUUUUGUGGCUGCUCAAAGUUUGAACGAGAAAAUAUAGUAAGGUACAAUAGAAACCUUACGUUAAUUGAUGGUUUCAUUGCCGGUUUUUGACAAAGAGAAUAGAAUGAAAUUGCAAAAAUGCCCUUAGCCUUGACAGUAAAAAGUGCGAAAAUAGAAUAACGUAAUUACAUGUUUGUCCAGUUUUGAUAAAAUAUUAACUGUGCCACAUACCAUAGCCAAAGGGAAGAACUUAUUGCUGGUUACUUUAUAACUUUUUCUGAAGCCUUUGACUCCCGUCAAUUUAUUACGAUUAUUCUAUCUUCGAUAUAAUCUAGAAGUGAUAAAAUUCAGUAUCAUGAGCUUGGCAGCAUGCUUGGAGUCCUUCCAGAAGUUGAGGUUUGUCCAGCAUAUAUUUGUUGAUAUAUUUGAUCCCAUCUCAUUUUGUUGGUCAACUGUUCAUUGCGCUAGAAAAGGCAGAAUCAUAUUUUAUCCGAUCUAUAUAGAACUCACUGAAAAAAACCUUUUUGAAAACCCGGUUUCUCUCUCCUGCGAAACAAUUAAUUUUAGGAAUAGAGGUUGGAAAUUUAACCAAAAUCUUUGCAGGAGAAAACAAUCUCUAUAUAGAAUUGUUCAAUAUAUAUUGUAAUCUCUAAUGAGUAGAGAUUUGUGAUGAAGUGAUUGCUUUGGUUUUUUUUGUCAUCUUAUUUAUAGAAACAUUUACGAAAUGUUGUGACGGAAAAAGUAGCAAGCAUUCGCCACGUAAUCUGGACUAAAUAUUCCAGACGGGAAAGACGUUUUGUAAACCAGCAUUUAUUUGCAGGAUUUGAGUUGCCAUUAACAGAUGAUUUGGUAAGACAAAUAUUUGUGGAAUGUACCGGGUUCCCCCCAAAAAAGAGUACUCCGGUUUGAUUUAUAAUAACUUCUAAACAUGCAAGUAAAGCUAUCAAACAGAAAUGACUUGCAUUAAAUAGACGAAGGACUAACUUAGAUUUUGAUAUAUUACAAGUUGUAUUUUACUUAAAAAUUCACGGAGAUAUUAAUGUUCAAAAUCGGGAGCAUAUUUUGGGAUGUGUCUAAAUUAGCGAAAAUCGGCAUGUUAAAUAUUAACUCCAGCGUUUGUUUGCUUAAUGACAUAUCAGGCUAACUUGUAUUUCAGCGAAUUGUCGUUAGGGUUUGUAAGUUUGGUGUAGAUUUAGACAUCUUACAUGUAAGUCUUAGCUCAUUGUUUCCUGAAACAUGAACCUUCGAAAUUAUCCAAGUAUAGGUCUUUACAAUCUUAAAGGUACCUGAAAGACCAUGCAAGGCAGGCGCUUAAAUUUUUCUUAAAUAGCCUAAUUUUUUAUGUUUUUCAUGGGUUCAAAAGAGAGUUGAUUAUAUCUCGGUUAGAGCAAGAUGAAUAUUAUUCUUUAAUGAAGGAAAUAAUAUUGCUUUUUGCAAAUACACAUGACAGGAUCAACGCUACUAUUUUGUUACGUUUUGUUCCAAAAAUGUUGGAUGUCUCUGGGGAGUUGCUUGUUAUGUCUUAUGGAGUUGUAUGGUUUGAUUGUGUUUCAUUCUCAGUUGAUUCUGAACUUAACAAGAUUAAGAAAAGGCAAAAGAGUUUGAGUGUUCUUAACAAGAUUUCAGAACGUUGCAGAAGUUAGAAGAGCUUCACAAUUCCAUUGUGACAGCAUGCCCUAAUUCAGAACUACGAACGAUCCAUGACGAUCCUUCGCGAUGCAGUGGUCUCAUGAAAUAAGGAAACGUAUUCGUGCUAGGAACACACGCGGAUUUCGGACGAAUAAAUCUUGCUUGUAUUUUGUAGAUAAUAAUACUUUGUUUCAUAAUAAACAAUUUGUCAAGUGUCAUUUAUUUACUGGUAAUAGUGCAUGUUUCAGUCGAGCAAAUCUUGAUUAAUAUUUGAUACGCCGUUUUUUGCAUAUUUCAGACAUAUCCAGAAAUAUACUUCCGAUUUUAAACAUUAAUAUCUCCUUGAAUUUUUAAGUGAAAUACAACUGUAAUAUAUCAAAAUCUAAGUUAGUAUUUUCUCUAUUUGAUGCAAGUUAUUUCUCUUUAAAAGCUUUCCUUGUUUAGAAGUUAUUACGAAUCAAACCGGAGUACUUUUUUUGGGACACCAGGUAUAUAUGUAUAUGCUUAUCGCAUUAAAUAAGACCUCUUGCCCUCAUUGAGCAGUAUGGCAAUUUAAACUUGCUGUUCUAUACAUUGUAGUUCGCCGAAUUCAGCGACAUAGUUAUGGGGCUGUUCCUCUCUCCAGAUCACAAAUGGACAGAUAAAAGAUCAGAAAGAAUUGACUACUGUCAAAUCGUCCUUUUACCCGAGGUAAUUGACUUAGAAUUACUGGCAUGAGUGAAGAAAGAUUAGCUACUUCUAUUUUGCAUGCAUCAUACUGUAUCAUACUGUUUUCCAUUCACGUAUUCUAAAAAUAUACAUGCAAAAUUUGAUAUUACCUUCUAUAAUUGUUCUAGGCGUUUGUUAAAUUGAUAAUGGUGAUUGAAGGAAUAAAUCGAAAUAUCGCAGAAGAAUGUCUUUUCAAUUGGACAGAUAACAUCCCAACACUGCUUGCCCGUUUUUAUAAGAAAUAACUUUGUUAUUUAUAUAAACAGUAACCUACCUUACCAUCUACAUAUAGCUAAAUCUAUGAACAUUAUAUUGCAAUAAUAUAAAAGAAUAUAACAGAAUAUUUAGAGGGUC